CGUUUUGUUUUAAGAUGUGUCCCACCGAUUUUCUUAUUCAUUUAUGUCAAGAUAUCCAAAGCAAAAUGCUACCUCGAGGCCAUCAUAUUCGUCUACAAUUCCUAGGUACUAUUUCUGGGAAUUUAAUAAAUUUAACGUAUGGACUGACAAUCGGUUGGAUUAUAGUUUAUACAAAUCAAUUUCAUUCCUCUGCGAACCCAUUAAAAGUGCCACCACUUGAUCCAAUCGAAGUAAAAUGGAUCGAACUCUCUCUUUAUAUCGGCGGUUUGAUUGGAACGAUAUUUCUAACGAUGAACGGUGAUGUUUUUGGAAGAAAAUACACGUUAGUCGUUUUGAUUGUUCCACAAGGUUUUGCGUGGUUAUCAAAAAUGCUUGCAACAAAUGCAACUGAGGUGUACAUCGGACGAUUUUUAUCAGGAUUUUCGGCCGGCGGUUCAAUCAAUUUGAUAGUUCUAUUCGUUACUGAACUGGCCGAUGAUAAAUUUCGAGGACGACUCAGCUCAAUCUUACCGCUUUCGAUUACCAUCGGAAUGUUAAUCAUCUUCAUAUCGAAUAUUUACACAUCUUUCAUGAACAUUGCUUACAUUGCUCUCACCGUUCUGUUCCUGUACUUAUGUCUGUAUACAUUCUUUCCCGAUACACCACGGCAGCUGUACAAGAUUCGUCGGAAGGAGCAAGCAAUCAAUUCGCUUCAAAUUUACAAAGACAUCAGUGAUUUGGAGUGUCAAACAGAUGAUUGUUACCAAAUAGAGGUGAAGAAAAUGCGUCGGGCUUUGAUAGCCGAAAGCGGCUGUAUUCUUCAAAACAGUGGCAAAGCGACACUGAAAUCGCUAAUAAUAAGUGUGGCUUUGAUUAUUCUGAAUGUGUAUGUAAAUUGGUUUGUGAUGCACCAUUUAACAAAACAUCAGUUACUGGACCGCGCUUUAUUGAGUAUCAGCGAUUUUCGGAUUGUGAUUGGUGUAUGUCAAGUGGCUGGGUCGCUGCUUUGUUUAACUAUAGUCGACUUCGUUGAGAGAAAGUAUAUUUUGCUGGCAUCAUUGGUAGGAAUCACAGUCUCUCAAGUCAUUUACGCCAUCUAUGAUGCGUAUUUCACAGAUAAAACCUCUUUGCCAAUUUUGUUUAUCGCUAUAGCCGCGUUCAGUUUGCAUUUCGGUGUGUAUCCAUUGACAUUUGUCCUAAUCCCAGAGAUCAUUCCAGAGAGGAUUCGGAUCUAUGCAGUCACAUUUGUGUUCAGUUUAAUGUGGAUGUUAAUGUUUGCACUGUCAUACAGUGAAACGGCUUUAGCUGACUACUUAUACAGUGCAAACUAUGUCAUUGUGCCAAUUUUCAUCGCUAUCAAUAUAGUUUGUUCGUUGAUAUUUUGGAUUUUGAUACCACCAACAAAGAAAAAAUCAUACGGUCAAAUUUUUAGCCAUCUUAAUUUCGGAUUAGACUUGUAAACUUAAA